ACUGGAACAAGAUUCCAACUUUACCAAGGUGCAGAUAUUAAACAAACAAAGUGAAGAAAACUUUUGUUAGUCCCUUAACCUUUAAACUCGGGAGAAUUUUCCUUCACUUGAAUGGAGGGGCUUAAUUGAUCCUACUCUUUGUUAAUAAGAAAUUUUUGAAAUGGGGAUUAUUGUAUCCAAAGAGAGUCGAAAUCGAACUAAGAAAGUUCAGCAAACUGCAGCUGUCAUGACAGCUUUAAAGUUAGCGUCUAAAGAGUCUAAAGAGUCUACAGAAAAAGACAGCCCUACCACCGGCCAAGCACAGGCAGGUCAAACGAGUCAGAUUUUGCAAGAAACGAAAAAUCAUAAGGCGACUGAUGAACAUCUAGAUUUCGACAGGGAGCACACAGCGAACUUGAAUAACGAUAAGUCUUCUAUUACAUAUGGUCUCCCUGAGUUAGACGCGGCAGACCAUCUUGCUUACAGCAGUGGAACUACAGGAUACUGGGACAAAAGUAACAAGGCUGUUAUCGGUAUUCCAUACUUUGGCGCCUGGAAACACAGGGUGGAGAAUGAAGAACUCUGCUCCCUAUGUGGUGUUUAUACUGGUGUUGAAGUCCAUCCUUGCCAUGUCUGUUGUAAAGUAUUUCAUGAGCUCUGCUUAAAGAAGAAAGGUAAACUGUAUGGGAAGACAGAAUUAGAAGCCUUCAGGAAAGCAAACACAGACAAAGGAUGGAGUUGCCAUGAAUGUGAAAGUUUAACAUCUCUAUUAACUGAUGAAGAAAUGCAACAAUUGAUAGAGAAUUUUGAUAGGUUAGAUGUCAAUCAAGAUACACAAAUAAAUGAGGAUGAGUAUGUUCGAUACCAUACAGCCCAGUACAAAGACAUUCAUAAUGAAAAAAUGCCAAGCUACAUGGAAGAGGAGACACACAAUGAGUUUAAACAAAUAGACAAGGAUCAUACUGGUACUAUUGACUGGUGGGAAUUCCUUAACCAUCAGGCUCUUAAAAGUAUUGCAACAAACAGGAGUAAGUUUCAGUUAGUAAGGAUGUUAUCACCUCUUGAGAUACAAAAGGCCAGAGAUAUUUUUCAUGCAUUUGAUAAGGAUGAAGAUGGCUACAUCAAUUCCCAUGAGGUUGCUGUUGGGUUUACCAGAUGGUUUGGCAACUUGAGGCUACGUGACCACAGCAGUACAGGAACAGGAGAUGGAAGCAGUUCAUUUGGAAGACCUCUCGAUCCAAAGGAUGUUUCUGGGCACAUUGAUCGUCACUCAAGAAUAUUCAUGGAUGCUGAUACUGAUAAUAACAGACUGGUUUCCUGGGAUGAGUAUUUAAGAGAGCAGGCUCUGUACAUUUUAGCUGCAAGACCAAAUUCAAGUAACUAGUUGUUGUGGUGGACACAAGACUCACACUAGUGAUGCAGUCUGUUGCUGUUUCCAGUCAGCUCAGAUCGCAGUCACUUUUACUUCUGGUCUGUACAUUAAAACUUCUAAAUUUUCACCAACAGAUGGUUCAUUUAGUUUCCUUGGUUAAAAAUAUUCAAAGCAUGGCAUAUCCCGAAUAUAAUGUCUAAUUUUUGCAAAAAUUUGAAUUUAAGAUUCCUAGUUUUCAGCAAACUACAGUGAUUCAGACUUUCACCUUCAUUAUGCAUACACUUUGUGUUUUUGUUGUUUGCAGAAAAUCAGUGAGCCAAUGCUUUUUGCAUGAUUCUUUAUUUUUUAUUUCAACUGUACUAUCUAAAGGGUUUUCAUUGCAAAGGGCGAGGGUUUGGGACAAAUACACAUAAAUGAAAAAGGCAGUAAUUUUUGGCUGAUGACUGGGCAACAUACUAUAACUUGAAGGACUGGCAUGCAAAGUAACUGUUUUUUAAAACAACAUUGUGUUUCACAAGAAAGAGUGUGCUAGUUUAUAGAUAUUUUUUUUGUAACAAGAGGUGAAUGACUAAUCAUGAUAUGCAAGUACUUUGCCUACCAUAUUUACCCUCCCUCCCCUCCUCCUUGGCCCAGUAAUUUUCUCUUCUCAUCAUUAGUCUUCUUAGAGGGUAAAAUAGUUUUGCUGAUGAUCUUCAAGAAAAAUCAACGUGACAGCCAUUCAUUAAAUUUGUGAUUGUUAGGUAACUACAUAGUCCUAAGGAGCUUUCUGAAGAGUCUCUCUUAGUGUAACUGAAGUGUCAACUUGCAAGGGUG